AUGCCUUGCCGCAUCUGCUGCUGUGUUGCUUCUGCGUGCGGCCACGGCUACCUCCUGCCGCACUCGACGUCGCCUCCUCUGCCGCGCCACCGCGGCCCCUCCAGCCUUCGGCCGCCGCAGGCCCCGCCUCGUCGCGCCAUGCUCACCAGCGGCACGCCUUGGCCGCGGCCACGCCUCGGGCGUGUGUGCGCGAGCCCUGGCGGGUCCGUCCCGCCCCACCGCCCUCCCACGGCCCGCGCCCGCCUCGACCCUGCCUACCCUCGACCGUGCCCGCCCACGCGCUGCUGCAUCUCUGCUCGCGCCCCCCCACGGCCGCACGGCCCGCGGUCCCGCGCCGUCCGCUCGCGCUGCCCGUCGGCCUGUGUGCCUCUCCCAGCCCCACCGCUGCUCGGCUCCCGCCUCUGCCACCACCGCGCGCGCGCCGCUCGCCUGGCCUCGUCGGCCUCGCCUGUCGCGUCGCUCCCGCCGCUCGCCUCGCCCUGGUGCCCUCCCAUACGCGCCCGCCGCCCCGCUGUCCUGAGCUCCGCCUCUGACCCGCGGCCGCACCUUGCCGCCGGCCACCUCCCCACCGCUCCUUGCAUCGCCAUGCCUGUUUCCCACCGUGGCCGCCGGCCAACUCCCGCAGCUGCCAGCGCAACUGGGCCUCGCGCCCCGGCUGCGUGGCCUCGGGCACGGGCGCCCACGCUCACGCCCAGCGCCCGUCACCCGCCCUGCUAA